GGAAAAGAGAGAGAGGUGUUCUUACAUGCUUUACUAGCGAGAAAAUGGAUCUGAGGAAGAAGAAGGGUCUGAUGUUGGAGCUUUUGGGGCUUGUGUUGUUAGAUCUCCUCUGCAUGGGUUUGGGGGAGACUUACCACCAUAAGUGGAAUAUCACUGAAACUUCGUAUACCAGACUGUGUAGCACCAAGAAAAUCUUGACAGUUAAUGGGAAAUUUCCAGGGCCAGCCUUGCAUGUUCGCAAAGGAGAUACAGUGUUUAUCAAUGUUGUCAACCAUGGAACUUAUAAUAUCACCCUUCACUGGCAUGGAGUGAGGCAGCCGAGGAAUCCAUGGUCAGAUGGUCCAGCGUACAUAACGCAGUGCCCAAUCCAAGCAGGUGCGAGCUUCACGUAUGAGAUUAACUUCAGUACAGAGGAAGGAACCAUUUGGUGGCACGCACACAGCGACUGGUCAAGAGCCACAGUCCAUGGUCCAAUCUUUGUUUUCCCAAAGCUAGGAACUUCCUACCCUUUCCCUAAACCAUAUUCUGAAAUCCCCAUCGUUAUUGGAAGCUGGUACAAAGGAGACGUGAUGGAGAUAAUUGAAGAGGCCCUUUUGAAUGGGGGAGAACCCAAUGUCUCAGAUGCUCAUACCAUAAACGGACAACCUGGAGAUCUCUAUCCAUGCUCCAAAGAAGGAACUUUUACUACACUGGUGAAGAAAGGCAAAACCUAUCUUCUUCGUAUCAUCAAUGCAGGGAUGAAUGAAGAAAUGUUCUUUGCUGUGGCUAAUCAUUCCCUUACAGUUGUAGGAUUAGAUGGAAACUAUCUAAAACCCAUAACAACCAAUUAUAUCAUGAUAACCCCAGGCCAAACCAUGGAUUGCCUCUUCAAAGCUAACCAAAGUCUUAGUCACUAUUACAUGGCCGCUAGAGCUUAUUCUAGUGGAGUAGGAGUUAGCUUUGAUAACACCACAACCACAGCAAUUAUAAAAUACAAUGGCACUUACACCCCUCCAUCAUCUCCUUCCUUCCCAACUCUCCCUUACUAUAAUGAUACUGAUGCAGCAACCAACUACACAAGUCGCCUAAGAAGUUUAGACAGUAAAGAUCACCCAAUUGAUGUCCCUAAAUCCAUCAAAACCCGAGUUUAUACAACCAUUUCUGUCAACACAUUUCCUUGUGUCAAUAACUCAUGUGAUGGACCCAAUGGUUCAAGACUCUCUGCUAGCAUGAACAACAUUAGUUUCAGGGACCCAUCAAUUGACAUACUUCUUGCUUAUUAUAAUAGGAUCAAAGGGGUUUAUGAAUCUAAUUUUCCUAAUGAACCACCUUACUAUUACAAUUUCACGGCCGACGACUUGCCGGCUUAUCUUUUAACGCCGACGGUGGGUACCAAAGUGAAGGUGGUACACUUCAACUCAACAGUGGAGGUUGUGUUUCAAGGGACUAAUUUGAAUGCAGGGGAGAACCAUCCAAUGCACCUUCAUGGGUUUCAUUUUUAUUGGGUUGGAAGGGGUUUUGGGAACUUUAACAAGACUACAGAUCCUAAAGGGUAUAACUUGGUUGAUCCACCUGAAAUCAAUACGAUUGGAGUCCCUAAGAAUGGAUGGGCUGCCAUUAGAUUCCGAGCAGACAACCCUGGGGUGUGGUUCAUGCAUUGUCAUUUGGAGCGACAUAUGAGCUGGGGUAUGAACACAGUAUUCAUAGUGAAGAAUGGUAAAUCCAGGCGAACAAAGAUCCGACAGAAACCUCGACACAUGCCUCCUUGUUGAGAUCUAAGAGUUAUCCUGGAAGUCGGUAUUGGACACAAGGCUUCUUCAAUUUUAGGAUUUCUGUGUGUAAUAUUGUU